CAGAGGAAAUAUUUAAUUUCACAUUGCAAAGUUUGCAUGUCAAUAACAUUAUUCAAAAAUGACAAGAUGGCUGUGACAAUACCGCUUUCUGUUUAGUAGAUUGGAUUUUUAAAUACGUGAUGGUAUCAAUUUUAUUAAUAUAAAUAUAUACGUUGAGUAAUAAAUAAGUAGAUUGCAUGAUCUUUAUUGAUAAUUAAUUCAUCGUAAUCAAUGCAAUAAUAAAACGAGUGAAUAAAGAGCAAAAUAUGGCAAGACAAUCGUACAGUAUUGUUGAGUAUUAUGGUGAACAGGAUGGAUAUAAAUGUGGUUAUUGUAAAAGCCCAAACACAAAUUUCAGUCAUGGUAUGGGCACACAUGGAUUGACUGUUCAAGAUUACCAAGCUCUAAUAGAUAGAGGUUGGAGAAGGUGUGGUUCUUAUUGUUACAAAUCUACUAUGGAUCAAACAUGUUGCCCAAUGUAUACAAUUAAAUGUGAAGCAUUACAAUUUAAAAUUUCUAAAUCACAAAAAAAGGUUUUGAAAAGAAUGGCAAAGUUUUUAAGAAAUGAAUUACAUAAAGAUGAUACUAUGGAUACGUACGAUGGAGAUCUUCGUGAUAACAUUGAUAUUGAAGAAAUUCCUAAUCACAGUGAGCACUUUUUAAAAGUUGACAAAAAUAUUUCUGAUAUGAAUGUCAAAUUUAUCAAUGAUGAAGUUAAUGCAAGGUUACAUCCUAGCACAUCAAAUAAAGAACAGAAAAAGCAUCAUCUAGAAAAUAAAAAACAUAAUUCUGAAAGUGCACCUGCUGCAUCAAGUUAUAACAAUGAUUCUCAUAGUACACCUCAAAGUCUACAAUCCGUAGAAAUGAAUCCUACACGGAUACCUUGUAUGAAAGCAAAGCUUUUACGUAAACAACGAAAACAAAACAAACUAAUGAUACAAGGAAAAACUCAGGAAGAAAUAGAAGCUAUUUUCAAAGAAAAUAAACAAGAAAACCAGGCUAAAAGUUUAGAGCAAAUAUUUGAUGAAGUUUAUAAUGGAACCAACAGAUUAGAGCUGAAACUAGUUAGAACUUCGCCAAUGAGCUCUGGAUAUUUAAGUACCUCGAAACAAUCUUACGAGGUAUAUAAAAAAUAUCAAACAACAAUACAUGGAGUUCUAGCAGAAAAGGUUACAGAGAUGCAAUAUAUGGGAUUUCUUGUGAACUCACCUUUGCAGCCAUGGACACCGGAUGAUGGACCACCAAGUGGAUAUGGUUCUUUUCAUGAACAAUAUUGGUUAGAUAAUGAAUUAAUUGCAGUUGGCGUGAUAGAUAUUUUACCAUCUUGUGUUUCAAGUGUUUACUUUUUUUAUGAUCCGGCUUAUUCUCAUCUCUCACUCGGCACAUUUAGUUCACUUCGAGAAGUUUAUUUAACAAGACAAUUAAAUAAAGUUGCAAAAGAUCUGAAAUAUUACUACAUGGGAUUUUACAUACAUUCAUGUCCUAAAAUGCGAUACAAGGCACGAAUGAGGCCAUCGAAACUAUUAUGUCCUGAAACUUAUGCGUGGUUUGAUAUUGAACCGUGUUUAUUAAAAUUAGAUAAACAAAAAUAUAGCAGACUGAAUGAUGAUAUUGAUGCUAUUAACGAGGAUAAUAUAGUUGAUAUUCGUAAGGUAUUAGUUUUGUAUCAGCAAAUUGCGAUGCCGUAUGAAAUCUAUAAAAAGCAAGCUCAAACCAUCACGCAAGAUGAAGAAGAUGAGAUUAAAGAAUAUACUAGUUUAGUUGGCAUGAAGUGUGCACAGAGAUUGUUGCUUUAUCGCUAUUAAAGUAUGUAAAAAGUUUUAACUUAUUUAUGAAAACAAUCGUAUAUUUUAUCAAAAGACGAAUUGGAAUCUUAUUAUGGAUAUUAGUAAGUGAAAUUAAUAAAAUUAAUAGCUCCAAAUAAAGUAUUUGUGAUGAUAAGUGUAGUAAAUUAAUAAAUUCUUAUCAAAUAAAAGUGAUUUUCAUGCUAUGCAUACGCUCUACAAUAUUUACUUCCUUUUCCUCUUAUUUUGCUGCAAUAUCAAAUAAAAAAUGAAUUACUCUUAUUCUCUGAUGCAAUAAAAACCUAAUUGCAUAAAAAUUGCGAAUUUAGCUAAUGUACAAAGCACUAAGACACUAAAUUGAAUAUAAAUAUUGUACGUUUCGUAUGCAGUCCAAUUUCAUGCAUAAAUACUUUAUUUUUAUGUGUAAAUAUAGUCGUUUCAUUAGAUUGAUAUGAAAUAUUUUUCAUUGAGAUGGCAGAAGUGAAUAAUAAGAAAUAUCGUAUAAAUUUAUUUAAUGACGAAACAUUUAAUAACAAUUCUUAUAUCAUAUAAAAAAUUAAGUUUCACUUGGUAUAUAAAAUUCGUCAGUUCAGUUGACCAAUUUAUAAAAUAUUUACAAUAUUCUUCGGUCCACGAUAAUUUGCUCUAGUUGUUAAACGUUUCAUAAAUAUUGUAAAAUGUAAUUCUAGUUUUUAUAGAUGUGAAAUUGAAAAUACAUCUUAAUACUUGUUUUUGAUCACAUUCGCGUUCACAUUAAGACAUUCAAUAUUAAUAAAAAUGUAAAAGUCAGAAUUUAAUUAGUUUCUGCCGCGCUCCGCAUCCGGUUGGGUUCGAAUUUCAUUCCAGCUUUGGAUAUUUCCACUUCCUCCCAACAGAAAGAUAAUCAUACAAAUUAUGCACACGCCCGAACCAAUCCAGAAUAACGUUUGCCAUCUGUCAAUAGGAUUCUAAAAGAAAAAGGCAAUUGUGUAUAAAAUCAAGAUAAUUCUCUACAGGAUGAAAGCAUUCAUAAAUUAAUAAAAAUAACAUAUUAUAGACAAAUUUAUAUAAGCGUAAGCGUUAACAUAUAUAUGUAGUGUACAUAAAUUUGGAAUACACAUACCCAUACACCUGCACAUCUUUGUUAAGAGUGAUGAAAAUAGCAAAAUGUUAUACUGCAGUAUGGAUGAAUCACCUAGUGAUGCGUCUUAUAGGUACUUUUCGUACUAUAAAUUCGAAAAUAUAGAGACGACUAGUACCUACGAGGCGACAUCACGAGUAUUUGGAUGCAUGUGAGGAUUAGUUUGGCAAAGCCUUCGGUUUGUCUUAUGCAAUUUCCUACACUGUAUAUCUUACUGAUAUUGACACAUUAAUUAAUACUUUAUGCACAUGUAUGACGCGAAAAUUACAGAAUAUGUACUUGGAAUUAUAUGUUACAUAUCUAAUAACAUGUUAAUUAUUUAAACGGUAGAGAAAUGAAUUGCAAAAGUAGGAUAUAAGAAUAAAGCUUGUUUUAGCUAAGAGAAAUCCUAAAUUGAUCAUAGUAAAAGUUUGUGUAUUGUUAGUGUUUCAUUUUGAAUGCAUCGCAGACACGAUUCCUCAGUACUGCCCGUACUAUGAAUUACGUAACAUAGUACACGGUAGGACUGAGGUUUCGAAUAUGCCAAGAGCACACCUCUUGCUCGUCAACAACUCGGCUGUAACAAGAUAUUCAUCGCUCUAUUAUGACGACACACGAGCAAAUAAAAGUUAUGUAAUAUAUACAAAUAAUUCAACAUGGAAUUUCUCACGAAAAUCGUAAACUGCUGCGAAAAAGCGACAAGCAGAUGCAAAGUAAAGUUAGCAAAAAAUACAUACCAAGCCACAGUAAGUGACAUAGAAAGCUACUUACUCCGUAUUUUCCAGCUAUUUCCUCUACCAUAGGAGAAAUAAUCAUGCCAGAAGCGCAACCAACCGUGUUCAUGAUACCGUAUAUAAAGCCGGCGAAAUUCGGUGAUAGAUCUUGAUUGUUGGACAAAUUAGAGAUACUCGCUGCUCCAUUGAAACCUAAUGCCAGCACGAGAAAAACGUUCGCGAGAACUAAGUCACAUCCAACGUAGCCGACUAGAAUAAGGAAGA